UUAUCCCUGUUAUUCACACUGUCUUAGGGCAAAUAAUUUUUUCUCGUAACCUCUUUGGGCUUACAAAAAGAGGAAGGACUGAGGCUGGGAGGGCUAAAGGUGCUGUCACUCUCCCACAGACAGAACCUAAAACAUUCACAAACACAAAAGUUGUAUCCUUCUUUUUUUCACUUUGAGCUUUUUCUUAUGAGAAGGCUCUUCUAGAGGUCUCUGACAGAGGACCAUUGGAAAAGAAAGGAGUUUUUUGUCUUCACAUUGAGAUAGAAUUACCUUGCGAUGUCUCUGAGGGGUGAUGUGUGUGUGGUGACGGGAGCCGGUGGAUUCCUGGGAAAGAGACUGGUGAGGCUGCUGCUGGAGGAGGAGAAAGUGGCUGAGAUUCGAAUGCUGGACAAACAUGUGCAGCCACAAAUUUUACAGAACCUGGAAGAUUGUAGAGGCAACACGAAGCUGAGUGUUUUUGAGGGAGACAUCAGGGACAGUGAUUACGUGAAGAAAGCCUGUCGAGGUGCAUCAAUCGUCUUCCACAUCGCCUCCAUCAUUGAUAUUAUUGAAGCAGUGGAGUACAGUGAGAUAUAUGGGGUCAAUGUCAAAGGAACGCAGGUGCUUCUGGAAGCAUGUAUCCAGGAGAACGUGGUGUCCUUCAUCUACACCAGCACCAUUGAGGUGAUGGGACCAAAUUCCAAGGGUGAACCCAUAAUUAACGGCAAUGAAGACACAAUUUAUGACUGCACUCUAAAGUUUUCCUACAGCAAGACCAAAAAGGAGGCUGAGCAGAGAACCCUGCAGGCCCACGGCGAGGUGCUCCAAAACGGAGGCCGACUGGCUACCUGCGCCCUCAGACCUAUGUACAUCUUUGGGGAGGGCUGCCGCUUCCUGCUGGGCCACAUGGGCGACGGGAUACGAAACAAAGAUGUUCUGUAUCGAAUGUCUCUUCCGAAGGCCCUUGUAAAUCCUGUCUAUGUGGGCAACGUGGCUACGGCUCACCUCCAAGCAGCUCGUAGCCUCAAAGAUCCACAAAAAAGAAAUGCUAUUGGAGGAAAGUUUUACUUCAUUUCUGACGACACACCACAUGUGAGUUACUCAGACUUCAACCAUGUUGUUAUGUCGCCUCUUGGCUUCGACAUUCAAGAGAAACUCGUGGUGCCGCUAAGCGUCUUCUAUGUAGUCUGUUUCAUUAUGGAGUUCCUGUGCAUGAUGCUCCGACCUUUCAAACGCAUCGUCCCGCCACUGAACCGGCAGCUCCUCACCAUGUUGAACACACCGUUCACCUUCUCCUAUCAGAGAGCUAAGAGGGACUUGGGAUACAGCCCCAGAUACAGCUGGGAGGAAGCACGCAAACGCACCAUUGAAUGGCUCGCCUCAGAGUUGCCAAAAGAGAGGGAACGAAUAAGAGCUAUAUAAUCAAUGAAAACCUGUUAGCAUUAUAUCAACCCUGUCUCCUAGCAUUUAUGUUUAUAAUUAAUUUGCAACAGCAAAUAUGUUUUGAAGGAAACAUUAUUGUAAUCGGAUUGCAUUUAUGUUGUUAACUUACAUAUUUGGUAAGUCUCAAAUAUGUUGUAAAAUGUUCACAAACAAAGUAUUUGUUUCACGCCAAGAGGAUUUUUGACCAAAAAUAGCAAAAUAAAAUAAGUAUUUUGCUAUUAUGGUUUAUGUCUGUUUGGAUAACACCAUUUUCCCGCAGUUAUAGAAAGCAGUAAAAACAUGUUUAGUGAAGGUAUAUGUGAAGCAAUAAACCAUCAAAAACAUGGAGCUCAUCGCCAUUAAAAGUUUCUUAAAGGCAAUAUGUGUGAAACUUUUAUGUUGUUAUAGCAUGUCUCAGAUUAUUCUAAUGAGUUUAGGAUAUUGUAGGUUUGUUCAUACUCCGACAAGGAGUCACCAAAGAUUCCUACACGUUUAACUGUAGAUCAGCUGCAUGUCUUCUUUGUCUCUUCACAUCCAGAUAAUUACUUCAACCUGAUUAACUUAACCACAUGAGGGAGAUGAAAAUAGGACUCACAACACACUAAAAGCAUAAAAAAAAAAUGAUGAAAGUUCAGUAUCAUCUGUUGUACCUGUGCUGUAACGCUUUGUAUGUAUAUGGUAUGUAUGUACAGUAUGCUAUUAAAGUUUAU